AGUCCCACUGCCUCCCAAAGAACCAAAAACAACCGUGCCGAAGAAGUCUGUUCGAUUGCAUGAUCCACCUCUGGUAUUCGGGUCUUCACGGAUAUCACCUGUUGUGAAACAAGGCUUCCUUCACGAUUAUUUUCCGGUAAUUUUCGCCGUGGCAGCACGUCCUUCUCCAAACCGAUCAGUUGUGUCUCCACAGCCGCUCGUGGAGUAGUCAGAAACUUUUAUACGUUACGGCGGUUCUCUGAAUCUCUUCAGGAUGAUAACUGUUAUUUUGUGUUCGGUGCUCUUCUAUUCGUUGGGCCUUGUGGCCCCAACCUCGGCGGCAUUGCAUGCUUGCAUUAAGCAGAAAACAUUGCCCAACGAAAACGCGAUGCUGCUGUGGACACAGUACUUCCUGCUUUUUUCUGCUCUCGUCACUGUUGUGUUUCCAUACGUUGUGACUCCUCUUUUCUUCUUGCUGCCGUCCUGGCUACUUGCUAUGGUGAAACUGGUUCUAGUGGUGGCACUUGCUGUUCCCAAGCUCGGCUUGACCUCACGAUUUUACGGGUGGUUUCUGUGCCAUUAUGUCGAAUACCUCGAUUUGAUUGCUAAAGCUCUUCAGCAGCAUGUGGUGAUCCCUCUUAAGACUUACGUUAGUGAUGCUAUUGCCCGCAUGCAAGCCAGCACCGAGGCCUCCGUAUCUACUCGGAAGGAGCUGUAGGACGCGGCGUAGGAAAAUGAGCGCCGGGAAGAGCUUCCACUGCGCUGGUUUUAUGCACACUUUUGCAGGGAACAGGUGAUGCGCCAUAACGGCAGUGACGGGUGCUACACGUGUUGGCGGAACAAGGAGAUGUUGGCCAGACACCACGUUUCGGAAUGUUCAGGCGAUUUGGUCAGAAGAAACCCGGUAAUGUGUAGGGACCGCCAAGUCUUGCUAAUGCUGUCUGGUGUCUAUCCCAGUGAAUAUGAUGCCUGACUCUUGCAUAUAUGGUAAGCGUCUGCGCCGUGAUUGAGUGGACAACUGCGCCAGUCAAGUGCCUGAGGCACUCGCGGUUCACAGGGAAAGGAAUCUUGCUCCUGGCGCCCUUGGUGACGUCACUGGAUUCUCGAACGCGUUUUUACGCGAAAUGCCAAAAGCAAUAACGGAUAGGAGGUGGCUAGCCAAGACUCGGUCGUAUGUACUGCAUUCUCCUUUUUAUCAGCGUGCCCAAAUGGUCCAUCAGACCGCUUGUCUCAGUCCAGCUCGGCGCCAGUCGUCCCACAUGUGCUGGGGUAGCUAGACCAAAGAUGCAAUUUCCAAGGACCGGUACCAGAAAAGUGGCAAUAUUCCUGACAUAGCGUAGAAUAGUUAAGCUGCAGACACCGUGGCUACUGGUAAACCAACACCACCCCUGAAGCGAUUGUACGAGCCCGUUCGCAGCACUGACUGGGUUAUGGUACUGUCACAGAAGCCACGCAUAGGAUGAGGCAGCAUCGCUUUUUCGAUUACCGUAGCUGUGAGAGCUGUAUGGCUGCAGUAUUGUUCGAGCAACAAGUUCUUACUGUGAGGUAAUUCUGCCGCUCCUUGGCAGUCUUCGUGUAGCUGCGACAGUGAUUUCAAUGUAUGGCGCCACGACACGAAAGACGUAGCAGCGAGGCCGUCUGUCCCUUGUGAAUAAGAAUGGACGCGUUUCUCAUAGAAUGCCGUGGUCGUUUUUGGUGGAGAGUAACCGCAAGCACGUGAAAUGGGAGCAAGCGUAUUGCAAGCAUACCGCGUUGCAGCUAGUUAGUUCGAAACUCGGCUUUGCUUGCACUGUUAACAAACUGCAGUCGAUGCGGAAUAUGAUG